AUGUUUUUACCGAACAGAAGGAGCUCUGUUGUGACGUAUGUAGUGCUUGUGCUGCUGGAGUGUUACUGGGAAGCGGUGUCUGGGCAGCUCUCCUACUCCGUCUCAGAGGAGGUAAACCCGGGGACUUCUGUGGGAAAUAUCGCUAAGGAUCUAAACCUUAAUGUCCUGGAUUUGGAGUCGCGUAUGUUUCAGAUUGUCACCGGGUCCAAGAGAAAGUAUUUCGAGGUAAAUCUAAAGACUGGUGUUCUCUAUGUGAAUGAGAGAAUAGACAGAGAGGAGCUCUGUGUGAAGGCUCCGAAAUGUACCGUCAGUGUAGAGGCCGUUAUAAACAGUCCGUUGAAGCUUUACCGUCUAGAAAUCACUAUUUUAGAUGUUAAUGAUAAUGCUCCGUCGUUUAGUACGAAGUCACAGGUCUUAGAUCUUACAGAAAACACUUUACCAGGGGCGAGGUUCCCACUGUCUGAAGCGUCAGAUGUCGAUAGUGGUAAAAAUGCAUUGGGCACAUAUAAGCUGAGCACAAAUGAUUAUUUUUCUUUAGCGGUGCAUAAGGGAGGAGAAAGUGUGUCUGCUGAGUUAGUGCUGCAGAAAGCGUUAGACCGAGAGAAACAGUCUGUUAUAAAGCUCACACUGACCGCUAUUGAUGGUGGCAACCCACCGAGGUCGGCCACAUCAGAGAUUGUAGUUAAUGUUUUGGACAUCAAUGAUAAUGCUCCAGUUUUUAGCAGUUAUUUGUAUAAGACUCGUGUUUUUGAAAACAUUCCAAUUGGCACGACAGUAAUAACUCUGAAUGCGACAGACGCAGACGAAGGAACACAUGGUGAAAUCGUUUACUCUCUAAGACAAAAAGACCAAGAUUAUGUGUUGAACAUGUUUCAAAUGAAUCAACGGACUGGAGUGAUAACAGUAAAAGGAAAUAUUGACUUCGAGAAAGACAAUGCUUUUGAGCUCCGUAUACAAGCUCAUGAUGGGGCACAACCCCCCAUGACGUCUCACUCUAAAUUAUUGAUAGAGGUUAUGGAUAUGAAUGACAAUGCCCCUGAGCUCACUGUGACGUCACUCUUAGACACAGUGAAGGAGGACGCUAAGAUGGGCACUGCCAUCGCUCUAGUGUCAGUCCUCGAUAAAGAUGAUGGCAAAAAUGGAAUAGUGGAUUGUGAUAUUGUGAAUACAGUCCCAUUUAAACUGGAGACAAACUAUAAAAACUAUUAUUCGUUAGUGGUCGACGGGCCUCUUGACAGGGAGAGUGCUUCUCAGUAUAAUGUCACCAUCACAGCUACGGAUGAAGGGACCCCGCCUCUCUCCAGCACCAGCGUUAUUACUGUACACGUUUCUGAUGUGAAUGACAACGCUCCUCGCUUCUCAGAACCCGUGAUUAAUGUUUAUGUGAAAGAGAACAGUCCGGUAGGAAAUGUCAUUAAAACCGUGUCUGCACUUGAUUCUGACGUUAAUGAAAAUGGCCAAGUGACCUACUCAUUAUUAGAGAGAAACGGCAAAUCAGCACCGCUGUCUACAAUGGUUAAUAUCAACUCGGAUACUGGAGAUAUAAUCAGUCUGCAGUCUUUUAACUAUGAGGAGAUACAAACUUUCCAGUUCAAAGUUCAGGCCACAGACUCUGGUGUUCCUCCACUCAGCAGCAACGUGACUGUGAACGUUUUUAUCCUGGAUGAGAAUGACAACAGUCCUGGGAUUCUCGCGCCCUAUUCUGAACACGGCUCCGUUAACGCUGAGAACGUUCCCUAUUCUGCUGAAGCGGGCUACUUUGUGGCCAAGAUCAGGGCUGUAGACGCCGACUCUGGCUACAAUGCGCUGCUUUCUUAUCACAUCUCUGAGCCCAAGGGAACCAACCUCUUCCGAAUCGGAACCAGCACCGGGGAACUAAGGACUAAGAGGAGAAUGAGUGACAAUGACCUGAAAACUCACCCGUUGGUCGUGUUGGUUUCUGAUAACGGGGAACCCUCACUGUCAGCGACUGUGUCUAUUGAUGUAGUGGUGGUUGAAAGUACAGGUGAAAUCCAGACUCAAUUCAGAAAUGUGCCGAGAAAGGAGGAGAACUUCUCUGAUUUGAACCUGUAUUUGCUGAUCGCCAUUGCCUCGGUGUCAGUGAUAUUUUUACUGAGCCUCAUCAGUUUAAUAGCAGUAAAAUGCCACAGGACAGAGGACAGUUUCAGAAGGUACAGCGCCCCAGUGAUCACCACACACCCUGACGGAAGCUGGUCUUACUCUAAAUCUACUCAGCAGUAUGACGUGUGUUUCAGCUCAGACACACUGAAGAGUGACGUAGUGGUUUUCCCCGCUCCGUAUCCACCUGCAGAUGCAGAACUGAUCAGUAUUAACGGAAAUGACACGUUUAACAGGACUCAGACAUUACCCCACAAAGAGGAGGUAAGAUUUAAAGUUCAGGCCACAGACUCUGGUGUUCCUCCACUCAGCAGCAACGUGACUGUGAACGUUUUUAUCCUGGAUGAGAAUGACAACAGUCCUGGGAUUCUCGCGCCCUAUUCUGAACACGGCUCCGUUAACGCUGAGAACGUUCCCUAUUCUGCUGAAGCGGGCUACUUUGUGGCCAAGAUCAGGGCUGUAGACGCCGACUCUGGCUACAAUGCGCUGCUUUCUUAUCACAUCUCUGAGCCCAAGGGAACCAACCUCUUCCGAAUCGGAACCAGCACCGGGGAACUAAGGACUAAGAGGCGAAUGAGUGACAAUGACCUGAAAACUCACCCGUUGGUCGUGUUGGUUUCUGAUAACGGAGAACCCUCACUGUCAGCGACUGUGUCUAUUGAUGUAGUGGUGGUUGAAAGUACAGGUGAAAUCCAGACUCAAUUCAAAAAUGUGCCGAGAAAGGAGGAGAACUUCUCUGAUUUGAACCUGUAUUUGUUGAUCUCCAUUGCCUCGGUGUCAGUGAUAUUUUUACUGAGCCUCAUCAGUUUAAUAGCUGUAAAAUGCCACAGGACAGAGGACAGUUUCAGAAGGUACAGCGCCCCAGUGAUCACCACACACCCUGACGGAAGCUGGUCUUACUCGAAAUCUACUCAGCAGUAUGACGUGUGUUUCAGCUCAGACACACUGAAGAGUGACAUGGUGGUUUUCCCCGCUCCGUAUCCACCUGCAGAUGCAGAACUGAUCAGUAUUAACGGAAAUGACACGUUUAACAGGACUCAGACAUUACCCAACAAAGAGGAGAACUGCGUCAGCCACUAG